AUGCCGCCCUACCGUGGUGCGCCAGCCAUUCACGCCAGUCGGGCUCCGGGUUUGUUGGGUUCCUGGCCUCGCCGUCCUCCCCUCAGGUUAUGCACAAAACCACAGCAGAGCACAAAUAAUCCAAACACCGCUAAAAAGGCCCUCAACGCUCUGCUUGAAUGCAUCCCCAAACUGCUAUCUGCCCUGUACUUUCUGCGCUACCAGGUGGAUGACGGUUUCAAAGCGCUGGGAGGGGGGAGAUGGAAGGGUGACCGGCCUGGGGAAGGUCCGCGGGAUGGUGGCGGUCAGCUUACUACUUACCUUCUUGAAAAAUCUGGCUCUACGAAGUACGGUGGCGUAAUCCCUGGAGGAUUCGGUAGAGGCGAGUUUAAAAAUCGUUAUCAGGGUGGCUACCCUCAGGGUUCUUUUAUGGCCACUGACCUUCAAAAUAUCAUGGAAAAGUAUGCCCAUAGGGAUGAUAUACAAAACUAUUUCCUCGACGUGUAUUCCACAACGGCCAUUCCGCCAACAUCUGGCGCCGACACUCCGAACGUCGCUAACGCUCUGCGCUUGGUGGAGGAUUUCUGCAGGAUAUUUGGAAACGUAAAGAAUGAGGAGGACUUUAAGAGUCAUUUGUAUAGGAAGAAUAGAUGCAUCCAGUGGGAAGACUUAAAAGCACAUUGCAAUAAACUGAAGGAUUCACUUGGCAACAUCUUCAGUCAUAAUGCGUUUUCCUUCACAGGCUAUGCAAGAGAGUAUGGUAAGCUUAAUAAACAAGAUAUCGCCAAGAAGAUGGCCAGUUGGCUGAAGAAGAAUUUGGGGAAGGUGAAGCAGAAAAUGAAGAAAAUUGAUGCUUUUAGUGGCGUAAGUAAUCUUAGGCAACUUAGGAAGGGCAUUAAGUCCCCGUCUUCGUCUCAGUCCACAGCCCUUCAAAAUUAUUUCACCAAGCAAUUUAUCCCCUACGGAUUCACGUUUUAUGCCAACAAAUAUGACACGAGGAGUGCUCCGUAUGAUCUUUUGCAAAGGCAGUGGGACACUGCAAUCCGUGAGCUUAAGAAACCCGAAGGAGGAUUAGCCAAGCUUGUUGACAUUCUGAAUGGUGAGCAGUGUAGAGCAGAAGAGCAAAAAAGGAAAGAAAAUCAACAAAGGCAAGAUAAAAAUCAAGAAAAUGUAGAUGACCAAGAUGAAGAGGAAGAUGAGGAGCCGGAGGAUGAAGAGUUGCUGGACAGUGGAGAGACUGUUAAACUUCACAAACCAGGAGCCGCAAAACCUGUGGCCACUAAGGCCGAGGCGACAAAUCCUACUGCCACUAAGGAUACUGAAGGAGCACAGAACCAGGGGAAGAAGAGUGAGGGAGCACAGAACCAGGGGAAGAAGAGUGAGGGAGCACAGAACCAGGGGGAGAAAUCUGAGGGAGCGCAGAACCAAGGCAAGAAAGUGGAGGGAGCACAGAACCAGGGUAAAGAUCAAGGUGGAGGAACUCUUCAAGUAUCACCAGUUACAGGCUCUGCUCCAGAUCCGCCUUCCGUUGAUCAAGGUGUUACAGGUCCGGCAGGGCCUACCGGAGUUCAACACCCGCAAGGGCCUUCUGGUACAGUGGAUCUGGGGUAUUCUUCGACCCCGGCUUCACAACCUCAAAAUAUUGCAGUGUCUCAACAGACUUCACCUCAAGAUCCGCCGGAGCCUCCACCGCCAGUGCCCCCUCCACCGGCUGCUCCCCCCAGUGCUCCAGCAGGCCCUGACAUCCCUGCUAAGCCAGGUCCUCCGGGUCAGGGUUCAUCGGCAGAUAGCCCAUCAGGUCAAAAGUUUGGUUCCUCUGAAGCCCCUGUGCCUUCUCGGCCUCCAGGUUUUUCAGGUUCAAGAUCUGGGCCACAAGGUGGUCAACAAGUUAUUAAAGACGCUGCUCUACAAACAAGUCAAAACGCCGUUCACGAUUCAAGCAGCGCAGCUACUACUUCUGUUACCACGGCGUCUGGAGGAGGGCCUCCACAGUAUACGGUACAAAAGGUUGCUCGACCAGAUCCCUGUCCUGGUGGCAAGAUGAUGAGUCUUGGCAUACCUGACGGCAAAUUCUGUGUUAGAGAAACAAAGCCGAGGUUUCUGGUCGGUAACCAGAAGAGUCCUGCAGAUCUGUGGAAGAUAGCGCAAGAGAAGCAGAAGCAGCGACAGGAACAGCGAGAGAGGGAAGCAGAGGAACUUAAGCAGAAGGAAGCGCUGCGGGAGAAACACCGCCAGCAGGAGCAGCUGCAGAAUUUAAUAUUAUCGGUUGAGGGAUCCAAUGUUGGCCCUCCGUUGGAGGGCAAGGCGUUGCCGGAUGUCUCCGCCCUUGUAGCGCAGAAACGUAAGGAGGCGGAGGAGAGGUGGAAGAAAAUGCAUCGUAAGGCACUACUACAGGAUGUGCAAUGUAAUGCGUUGAUUGGCAAUGAAAUCCACGAAAAGAACCUGACGCAUCAUUCGAAUAUUAAGGCGUUCGUUACCGGCAGUGAAAUGCCAGAUCCUUUUUUAGAUGCGCAACGGCAGAAGCAAAUCGAUGAAGUAUUCGAAGAAAAUCAAAAUCUUGUGACUUCUAAAUUGCGUGACCAGUAUAAUCAAGGAUUGCGUGACGCCCAAGACCGAUUUCAUGAGUCCAUUGAUGAAGCGAAAAAGGCGGAAGAGGCGGAACGCCAGAAGCAAUUGGAAGCCAGAAGACAAAAUAUCAUCGAACGUCUAAAAGAGCAAAAUGGAGAGAGAAUAAAAGCGGCCCAGGCAAUGCAGGAUAAAAUAAAAAAACUUGCGGAACAAAAGGAGAAAGAUGCCGAGUUACGUAAACAAGAGGAAGAAAAACGUAUGGCGCAAUUGAAAGAAGCGGAAGAGCGUAAGAAGCAAGAGGAAGAAAAUGAGCGCAAAAAACAAAAGGCUGUUGCAGCCAAGCAUCCGCUCAUGCCUGCGCCUAAUUACUAUCGCAACCAGCGGCCGCACUACUAUGAUACUCCGGAAUACACAUCGUCAGUUAUGGCCUCGUUCGCCGACCAGGGUGGGCCGAUGCUUGUAGGUUAUGACAUCCCCCAAGCUCCGUUGGACGGCGGAGCGUUACCGGAUGAAUCUAGGAUUAGGAGCUGGCAAGAGGAUCGAUCGAAGCUUAAAGAAGGCUACCGAAAAAUCUUAGAGAGCCAACAGCGAGCAGAUGAUGAUAUGAAGAUGAGAAUAGUACAAUCGGAGCGAAAACAGAAAGCUGAUGCCGAGAAGUGGAAACAAGACCAAGCCAAUGUAAGCAGCUUGUUCACUGUCGUAGACGUGCCGGACGCCAAAGGCGUACGAAAAGUUUCUGUGCCCGAAGUGUUGACAUCUAUUGGUGUUCCCUUGGGCCACCCUAUUAAGCCGCCCAAGGCUCCGAGUGCAUAUAUGGGAAUUCGUAUACCUCCGGCAGAGAAAGCGCCGCCAAAGCGUAUUACCAAACGUCCUACAGCCAUUGGCGUAGCCAUGAACAAACAUUCACCCAUUUCCCAGGCUACGUUGACAUCCGUCACUCCACAGAUCGCUGACUCAACAAUACCGGCGGAUCUUCGCAUCUCGAGUGCGUUCAGGUCGCAGGCCGAAGGCAACACUAUUUUUGCGCCCAAUCUGAAUUCUUCACCCAUUCCGAUCGAAUACGUGGAGCCUCCACCGCAGAUACGUUUAGAUGUCGCUCCCGCAGGCCGUCCUUCACCCAGAACCUCCGAUCCUUUCACCGACCAGUUAGAUCUCCACAUCGACGUCGCCAAGCCCAUUCUUCAAGACCCUGCCCACGACUUUGACUUCGAUGAUGACUCGACGUAUAUACAGGAUGAUACACUGUCCGACGCUGUCGCUCCAUACAAACCUGCCAUCUCAUUAAAUGUUCUACCUCCAGAGGCCGAGGAGUUACCGCCGCCACCUACAGACUUCGAUCCGGAUUUAAUCAAGCCUAGAACCGUAGGAAUGUGCCCUGUUCCUUGGCUCACCCAGAAACCUACGCACGACGCUUCCGCCGGUAUCCCCGAGACGGAGCUGUUCCCCUCCGAGGCGCCGCGCACGGUCAGGGAUAUGCUUGUUUGGAUGGCAGGACUGCAGAACCCAAAGCACCAAGAGACUUUGGAAAAGUGCAUUCAUAACGCUUUCAAGCGCGACGAUGAUGUCUCUGCCAUCCUCCAACUCCCAGUCAACGGUGCUCAUAUCCGUCCUAAACACGUCAUCGACACCAUCCACCUUGCCGCCGUGUUCGCAGCCUCGGUGCUCACCUCCAUUGAACCCAACUGGAGAGUGGCAGUGUCGUCUGUAACUUCAACACCUAAGGAGUCGGACCAAUCCAAGGACCCUGAUUGCUGCGCCCUCCUCUGCCAUCUGCGCGAUUACGCCUACGCUUCUCACCACCAGUUGGCAUUCUUAAAGUCGCAGUGUUCUCGGGAGCAGUCACAGGGUGGUUGGCAGGAUUGUCAGUAUGGUCAUGCUGUGUCUCUCAACUCCCCCCUCCAGGCCUUCCUGACCGACGCAUCCGACUUCGAGACUCACUUCUUCGACCCCUGCAACUUGUGGCUUAAGAGUCGUGUUAGGAUGGGAUUCGGGGAGAAUGAUUUGCCUAGAUCUCACGAAACUGGAAAGUGCAUUUCCACCAUCUUCACUUCGUCCUGCGGCGGUAAUGAUCCCUUGCCGACGCUGUGCUCUUACCUCAACUGCCUCACCCGGCGGACGCCGCGCACCACCGGUGAGCUUGUCUCCUUCUUCCACAAUUUCGGGAAUUCGCUGCACAAGCAUCCAUCAGAGUUGUCUCGACUGGGCUCCGCCCUCUCCAAUAGACAUGACGACUGCCCGAAGUGGGACCGUCUUGAGACCAACGACCUACAAACCAUUAGGAAGUUCAGGGGUUUCGACGCUUCGAAACACGACAAUGAACAUCCCAGCACUCUAUCAACAUUGCUCGGCUGUGGCAAAAAGCGCGAUUAUUGUGUCGGACAUUUCACGCCCAUCACCUACCAGGCCUACGGCCUCUACUCCCCGAGUUUCGCCUACACCUACCUUAUCUGGACGGUGUAUCUCGCAGACGAAUUACAUGAUUCACUCGAGACGCUCUACAUGGAUUUCGAGAACCGCGUUACCAAGUGCGAAUCUCUCAAUCACUGUGACAAGGCACUGCCCCUCCUCUACUAUCGCGGAUUCACGCCGCCGGAGGGUAUAGGGCAGUCGUCGCUCAAGUGUUCGGAUAUCAUCUCCAAGCUGCAAGUAGUGCUAUCUGGCAAGCUUAUCGCAGAUCUUGUGACCUGCAUGGACAAUUUUUUCUACGGUAUCCGGAAGCCUUUCAUCUACACUCAGGUCACACUGUGGUCUGCCGCGUUCCUCCUCCUCGCUCACACCAUGCUCUACCGCCUGGACGUGCUGCACAUCCGCUCGCACCUACUCACCACCACGGCCUCCCACCUCAUCGAUGUCAAGGCGCUCCUCACUCACGGGAGGAAGCUGCUGUCACUUUACGACGACGUGGAUUACUUCGACGAUGACCCUGGUCAACUCGACAUCACGUAA